AAAAAUAAUAUUAAUAUUAUUUUAUUAUAAAUAUUAUAUAUACAUUUCAACUGUUCACGAAACAAACCCACAUUUCACUCAGAAAAUGGAGGAACAACAACCCGCGAAACAAAACUGCAUCGACAUUUCAAAGGAUCGGCCGAUUGCCUUCGGAAACUUCACCGACCAGGAGAAUUGGGACUUUUUCUUCGACGCAAGGAGAGGCGCCGACGAUUUCUUCGAGUGGUACGCCGACUGGCCCCAACUCCGGACCUUACUCAGGAGCCAUCUCUCGUAUCCGCCGGAGGAGCAGAGCAUUUUGGUUCCGGCGUGCGGGAAUUCCAGGCUGUCGGAGCAUCUCUACGACGACGGCUUCACGAAUAUAACAAACGUGGAUUUCUCGAAGGUGGUCAUUUCCGCCAUGUUGAGGAGGAAUGUCAAUGAACGGCCGGUGAUGAAGUGGCGCGUGAUGGACAUGACUGAUAUGCAGUUUGAAAAUGGGACCGUUGAUGCCAUCAUUGAUAAGGGAGGAUUGGAUGCUCUGAUGGAAUCUGAGCUUGACUCCAGAUCAGGAAUAUUAUAUUUAUCUGAGGUUAAAAGACUGUUGAAAGCUGGAGGAAAAUAUAUUUGUCUCACCUUGGCAGAACCUCAUGUACUUGGUCUACUUUUUCGGAAGUUUCGGUUUGGGUGGAACAUCAAUCUGUGUGCCAUUGCUCAAAAACCAUCUUCUGGAACCGCCAAACAGCUUACAUUUAUGUUGGUCGCAGAGAAAUGUACUUUAACUGUUGUUUCUCAGAUAAUACCAUACAUGGAUGAAUAUUCUGUAGAAUCCCACGGUUAUCAGGUUCAAGAAGUAUUUGAAGCACUUGAAAGAGAAAAUACUGUUCGUGCAGAAUACUCCACUGGCACUGAUAUAUGGUGCUCACUUGACGACCUGAAGCUAUCUGUGAAAGGAGACAUUAACGAGCUUGAACCCGGUCGUCUUGUAAAGCUCUUUUUAGGUGAACCUGGAGUAUCCCGUUUUUUCUGUACUGGUGUAGUUUUUGAUGCUCAACUGGAUCUUGAACCUUUCUCCUGUGGAUUACGAGUAAUUUUUUUUCGGAAAUCGCAAUCUUACCAGAAGAACCUUGCAAACGAAUUACUAGAAUGGCUCCGCUGUGGAACCUCUGAAGCUGCUCGACUGUUGAUGAUUGUACUGGAUUCGAGUCAUUCUAAUGUUACCUGGGUCGAGAUAUUGACGGAUAUCUCUAAUUUUGUCUAUCAAUUGGCCCCAGUGGGAACCGGUGAUGUAAUUCAUAUUGCAGCUACAUCUGAAGAUGAUUUGGUUGAUGAGAUUAACGAAAGGAAAAUUGUGCACCAGGUUACAACUGCCUUGACUGGUACAAUCUAUGUAGAAGAUGUGAUGUAUGAUCCACCUGAGGAUCUCAUAUUCCGCCGCCUUUGUUUUGAAAGAACUGAGAGUUGGGUGCAUUCUGAAGUUCCAUUAUCCAGAGAAGGACCAAAUGAAUUUUUUGGUCAAGUUGAGGAUAAGAAAGUGCCGGCAGAUUUCACAAAUUGGAAGAAAGGAAACACGCAAAAAUUCGACUCGCACUCAUCUGGUUCUGAUAGUGAAUCAUCAAGUGGUCAACCGAAUCUUGAACACAAUUUUUUGGCAACGGUACACCACCAGGGGUUUAUUGCUGGAUUACUGUUGUUUUCUUUACAUUCAGAAAGAACUACCUCGGCUGGUGGAUUGGUCAAAACAGUGAUCAUUGGUCUUGGAUCAGGAACACUUCCUACGUUUAUGAGAAAUUGCCUACGUAAUCUAGUGAUUGAGGUCGUUGAGUUAGAUCCUGUGGUUCUGAAUGUUGCUAGCGAAUAUUUUGGUUUUAUAGAAGACGAACUCUUAAAGGUACAUAUUACCGAUGCAACUAAGUUUCUCAGAGAGAGAGCAAAUUCAGAGGAAGAAGGAGACGACUCUUUCAAAGUUGAUGUGCUUAUACUUGAUGUGGAUUCGUCAGACUCGAGUUCUGGUUUAAUCAGUCCAGAGGCAGACUUUGUCGAGGAAUCUUUUCUCUUGACAGUAAAAGAUUCUCUUUCGGAUAGAGGUCUGUUCAUCUUUAAGUUGGUCACAAAGUUCUCUAGUGUGCGGGGGGUAGUGUAUUCGACACUGAAAAGGGUUUUCAGCAAUCUCUAUCACUUUUACGUAGACAGAGAUUCCAUCGAAAUAAUAUUCGCCCUUAAGAAAGAGUCUCCCAGAAUGUCGGAGAACGAACUUGCUGAAGUUUGUGAUGAACUUUCGAGAUCAUUAAAGUAUAUCAAGACGACUUGGGCCAGAGGUGUCAAAGUCGACUCAAGAUUGAUCAACCCACUACCAUGAUUUUUUCUGUAUAUUUGUAUUAAUCUCUUGCUCUGUGUUGCUGCUGUAUGUACAUAUGUAUAUAUCUGGUUAUUUGAGGCAUUACUAUUGAAUAUUUUGAUAUAA